AUGACUUGUCCUUUGUGGAAGGGUGAUUUUAUGAAGAGUGUGAUUGUCUCCUACUCUCCUAUACUUUCUUCUCUUAAGCCAUUUGUUCUGGGUGUUCACCCAUCAAUUAGAGGUGAAGUUUGGGAAUUCUUACUGGGACGUUACGAUCCUAGCAGCACUUUUGAGGAAAGAGAGCAAAUACGACAGCGUCGAAGAUAUGAACUCUUGAGAUGGGCAUAUGCUGCUCUCCCCCAGUUCGUCGCGCCUCGAUCUGCCGCUCUCUCGUCCGCCUUUCCCAGAAGGAGUCCACCUCCACCUGGUCCUCCGCCUCCGUGGUGGCGCGAAGAAGAAGCUCGGCUGAGGUGCAGUAACGAAGCCCUCAAGGAAGAGAUGGAAGAGAAAAGAAGGGCUCAGAUUACUUUCAUGAGGAAGAAGGAUUUCAGGAAAGAGCAACUAGUUCUUGAGGACUUAGUGCUAGAAUACAUAGUAUGAUAGAUUUUUGUUUUAGCUAUAAGAUAGUUGGUACUUUCAAUUUUGAAUCGAAUAUGCAAUGAUGAUGUAUACUUGAUACUUGGUUCAUUUGGAUGGUAAUGUAUGAAUAUUUUGG